UUAAUUCACGUUACCGAUUAUUGUAUAAUUAUUGAAAUGCUUAUAUUUUUUUAAAUUAUUAAAAUUAUAAAAUUUAAAAACAAAACAACCCUGGUGGGUACCAUUCGAUCUGGGCAGUAGGCACCAGUGUUGUUCAUCAUGGGGAGAAGAAGCCAUUGCCGCCACCUAAGAAGAUCAACCGGCAAUCACCGGCUCUUCCGACAAGGUCUGUUUGAUUUUACUUUUUUUCACCAGCAGGCAAGCGAGGUGCCCACCACCGGCAACAUUCAACAGCGAAAGCGAUCUAUUUUCGUAUUAUUCCCUCAUGUCUUCAGAGUUCGUAUCCGUGGUUAUUAUUCUCUAGUGAUGUCGUCGACCAGUGAAGGUGAAGCUGCGACAGUGGCGGUGGAGCAACCGCUAACUGAGUCUCCAAUGGCAGAGAAGCCUACCCAGCCCGAUAAGCCUGUAAAGGAGAAGAAGGUGAAGGCCCUAAGGAAAAGAAGCCGAAGGCGGCAAAGUCUUCCCAUCCCUCUCAUCCUCCUUAUUUCCAGCACGAGGCUGAAAAGCUUGUGGAAGAAAAGCACAAGGCUGUUCUUUCAGCAAAUUUCAGGAAAAUAUUGGCCCUCCAGUUGAAAAACUGUGUGCCUAAGGGCAAAUUGAUCAAAAUUAAAGCUUCUUUCAAGUUGUCUGAGUCGGGUAAAAAGAAGGUUGUGAAGGGCACUAAGGUUGCUACAGAGAAGAAACCCAAAGCCGCUUCUGCCGCUCUAAAAGCAAAACCCUUAAAGAAAUCUGAUACUACUCUAAAAAGGCCGCCAAGCCCGCGAAGAAGGUUGGUGUCAAGAAGGCCACUUCGGCGAAGCUGAAGCAGCCCAAAUCAAUCAAGUCCCCUGCUGAGAAGAAAGCUAGGAAGGCCACCGCCUGAUUGAACAGUCUCUUUUCUGGGCUUAGCAGUUGGUUCAGUUUGUUGCAAAAUUUUGAACAAAAAAAUAUGUAUUCUGCAAAUUUAGAUUGUAGUAUUUCUCGGCGUC